UUUUUCCUUUCUUCUUAUUUUCUCCUCUUCCCGGCGCAACCAACGUUGGGGAAAACCAGAACGAUAAAGGAAGAAAAAUGAAGAAACAGAUACAUGGAAAGAAGAAACUGAGGAAAGAGAUGAUCAUGUCUGCUAGGGCGGAAUUGCCUAAUCUCCCAAAUGAAAUCAAGGAUGAAAUCUUCUUGCGUCUGCCUGUGAAGACUCUCUUGGAUUUCAGGUGCAUAAUUAGAGACUACUCUCGAUUUCAUAACCCUAAUUUCAUUAAAAUGCACUUGAAUCGACAGAUGGAAAUGGAUAAUGGUUCUACUAUUAUCAUUACAACUGCUACCAAGAUAUAUAAAGUAAAUAUUAACGAAUUUCGCUUUGCAAUUUCACUUGAUUUCCCUUUCCGGAAUCCGACCUGCACAAGCCCAAUUUUAGUAGCAGGUUCUUGUAAUGGAUUAGUGUGUUUAACCCAUAGGUCAUUUUACGGAGAAUUUGUGUAUUUAUGGAAUCCUGCCACAGGAGAUUUCAAGCAAUUGCCGGCACAUAACAACGAUGUAAGUCCCCACACUAGUUUUGCUCUAGGGUUUGGUUAUGAUCAUAAUUCUGGUAAAUUCAAGGUGCUGGCAGUUUCUUCUUUUGAAGAGAGGAAGGCUGGUCUCCGUACAGGUAAAGGCUAUAUGUAUACACUGGGGACAAGUUCUUGGAGAAGCAUUGGAGAAGUUCAUUACCCUAUUUGGGAAUCAAAACCACAGGUGUUUGAAGGUUGUCCUCAUUGGAUUGUGCCUGAUUUGAAGUUAGUUGUUUCAUUUUGUGUUGGAAAUGAGAAGUUCAAGGAAAUUCCAAUGCCCCCCUUUUCUGAUUAUAUGACAAGAAGAGCGAACCUGACUGCAAUGGGAGGCCCUCUUUCUAUAUUUUGUUAUGAAUACCGGAAAUGUUAUGAAUUAUGGGUGUGGAUGGAUGAUGGAUUGGAAAAUACUUCUUGGACCAAACAGCUCUCUCUUGAUGAUUCAUACAUACCUGGAAAUUAUUAUUAUUAUGGAUACCUAGAAAAAAAGUUACACGGCUUCAAGAACGGUCAGGUUUUACUGCAGAACGAUGGGCCAGCUUUAUUUGAUCCAGUGAGCAAAGACAUUACAAAUCUGUAUCUUCGUGGUUCCCCAAAGGGAUUUAAUGUUUAUUCUUAUACCGAGAGCCUUGCAAUGGUCACUGUCGAAGAGACUGGGGAUGUGCAUCAGAACUUAUAAAAGGUAUAAAGAAUUACAGGCCUUUUAACCAAGUUAUGACAGAUUUAGGAUGAGCUUAUGGUAUUUUGUUCCAAGGCCAUUUUGUUGUUAUCGAAUUGGGUUAUAUGAUGACAGGACAAACCAUGGAGGCUGAAGUCAAGGGUAUUAAUCUUCAGGGUCUGUUAAAAGCUACUCAGCUUGGAUGGAACCAUAAAGAAGUUUUGUUGGCCACACUGGAGUUGUUGAAUUCGCUUCCAGAGCUAGUUGAUAGAGCUUGGCCUUGGUAUUCCCUCCUUUAUUUUUUGGAACUAUCAUGAAACCUUGGGUAAUGUGAUCUUUUGUGAUUAGUCGAAUAGUUUUACAAAUCGGUUUGUUAGGGGUUUGGCUUAUAAGGCCAUUCAACAAAAAUUCAACUCUUUGGUCUCUGGCAAUUCUUUAAAUACUAACUCUAUUGUAGGGUAGGUCCCCUUCAAA